AUGUCAGCUGACAUACCCUGCCUGACCAACAUGGUGGACACAGAGAGCCUGCUGUGCCCCCUCAUCCCCUUAGAGGAGGAGGAUCUUGAAAGCCCUUUAUCUGGAGAUUUUUUACAAGAUAUGGAGAACAUAAAGGAGCUCUCUCAGUCAAUGAGUGGGGAUAGCUCAGGAGCACUGAGCAUAACAGAUUUCCAGUCUCUGGGGAAUGGACCUGGAUCCGAUGGAUCAAUCAUUACAGAUUCUCUCUCACCAGCAUCAAGUCCUUCGUCUGUGAAUCUUGUGACAGCUCCAGGUAGCAAAGACGAACCACCUGGUGCAAUAUUAAACAUUGAAUGUAGAAUAUGUGGAGAUAAAGCUUCUGGAUACCAUUAUGGAGUUCACGCUUGUGAAGGUUGUAAGGGCUUUUUUAGGCGAACGAUCAGACUAAAGCUAGUCUACGAUAGAUGCGACCGCAACUGCAAAAUUCAGAAAAAAAAUCGUAACAAGUGCCAAUACUGUCGUUUUCAAAAGUGCCUUUCUGUUGGAAUGUCUCAUAAUGCCAUCCGAUUUGGACGUAUGCCAAGAUCGGAGAAAGCAAAACUGAAAGCUGAAGUCCUAACAGGUGAACAUUGUGUAGAAAAUGCUGAAAUGGCAGAUCUUAAAUCACUUGCCAAGAGAAUUUAUGAAGCCUAUUUGAAGAACUUUAAUAUGAACAAGGUGAAAGCCAGACUCAUCCUUGCAGGGAAAACCAGUAACAAUCCACCAUUUGUUAUACAUGACAUGGAUACGUUAUGUAUGGCAGAGAAGACGCUAGUGGCAAAGCUGGUGGCCAACGGAAUCCAGAACAAGGAGGCAGAGGUUCGAAUCUUCCACUGCUGCCAAUGCACCUCGGUCGAGGCUGUAACGGAACUUACCGAAUUUGCCAAAUCUAUCCCCGGCUUCUCAAGCCUAGACUUGAACGAUCAGGUGACGCUGUUAAAAUACGGGGUUUACGAAGCCAUUUUUGCCAUGUUAGCUUCUGUAAUGAACAAAGACGGGAUGCUAGUAGCCUAUGGAAAUGGUUUUAUCACUCGAGAAUUCCUCAAAAGUUUAAGGAAACCAUUUUGUGACAUUAUGGAGCCAAAGUUUGAAUUCGCUAUGAAAUUCAAUGCGAUGGAGCUAGAUGACAGCGACAUCUCUCUCUUCGUGGCUGCUAUAAUUUGUUGUGGAGAUCGCCCGGGCCUUGAAAACAUAGGACACAUUGAAAAGAUGCAGGAGAGCAUUGUGCAUGUACUAAAACUUCACUUGCAAAGCAACCACCCCGAUGACACCUUCCUUUUCCCAAAACUCCUACAGAAAAUGGCGGACCUCCGGCAGCUUGUCACAGAACACGCUCAGCUUGUUCAGAUAAUCAAGAAGACUGAAUCUGAUGCACAUUUACAUCCUUUGCUACAGGAAAUCUACAAGGACAUGUAUUAA